GAGGAUGAGAGACAUUCCACGUCAUUGAGGUGCACUUGUGCGAUAUAUAUAUAUAUAUAUAUAUUAAUAGUUUAGCUAUUUCCGUAAGAUUUUCAUGCGUUUGCACACCAUGGUUAAGUUAAUAUUGAAUCAUUAGAGAUUUAAUUAUAUUCAGACCAGCUUCGUCUUUCACUGAAAGGAGCGGCCUGGACAUUGGAAUUCAGCUGAAGAGUGACUGACUGCUGCUUAACCUUGAUGGGCGAAUCAGGGUCGUGCCGCUCCACGCUCGUCUCCAGGCUGCCCAUCUUCAGGAGGAGCUUGAGUAAGAGGCAGGACUCGUUGCCCUCCUCCCCGUCCUCAGGCGGCGUGGGCAAUGGCGUCCACACCUCGUCCCCCUCCAGCACCAACUCUAGCAACAGCAGCACGGGCAAACGUCGCAGCCUGUUCCGCACGCCCUCCAUCCGCUUCAGCAGCAAGAGGAACAGCGAACCACCACGCAUCCAGACCCCUCCGCUAGAUCCAGCCCAGGACUCUAACGGCAGCCAGGCCAACCCUCAGAUGGGCUUUCACGAUGGCGCUGGGCCUCCACGGGCCAAGACGCGGCACUCAUUUGGCUUCGGUGGCCACCGGCAGAAGAAGAUCACCCGCUCGCAGACAGAGGACUUUGAAAAGGUGUCUUCCAAUAGGAAUGUGUUCAUCAAAUGCAUCAGCUCAGCUACCAAUGAGGGAGACGACUCUGGGUUUCUGGAAGACUACAGCGGCGGCAGCAAACGCUCAUCCAGGCAGAAGAAACAGCUGCUGCCCAAGUCAUUCUCUGCACACCACCGCUUCUCCAAGAACUCUGAGCAGUGCAAGACCCCAGAGGUGAACAUAGAGCCCCCAGCGUCCGGGGGUACCCUGGGCUCGUGGCCAGGCGAGCUGCUGGGGGAGAGCUCCCUGCAGUCGCCCAUGCUGUCUGAGGACCACACCACAGCCCGCACACCCUCUGAGUUUAAUGUCCCCAUCACAGAGGACACUGUGUCCGAGGUGGAUGCGCUACCCGCACCCAGCCCAGCCGACCCACCAGACAGCAACUUCAGCCAUGUCGUCUCUACAUCCCAAGUGUUCUUCACGCCUGCCCAAGCUGCCACAGACAAGCCCCCCCUGCUAGACACCAGCACAGCCAACACCACGGAGUGUGAGACUGCAAUUCCUGUCACAGGGCCAGCAACAGCUGCAACAACACCAAUGCCACCGCAACAACAACAAUCACAGGAAUAUAAGGAAGAGGGGGAAGAGGAGAAGGAGGAUAUGCCGGUGGUGGAGGAAGAGGUGAGACCAGAGCAGACGGAGACUAGUGAGAGCGAGGCAGGCCCAGUGCGUAGUAAAGGCUACCAUUCCAAUCCAGAGCAGUCUGAGAGGAGGUCCAGGAACUCUGUACUCAUCCAGGAACCAGGGAAGGGAGCGUGCUGCGAUAGACAUGAACUCAGAUCAUGCCACUUGAGGAAACCCCACACAGUGUCCAUGUGCAGCAGCGGCGCCAGUCCCUACCAUGAAGUGAUACGCAUGGAGCGCCGGCUCCGCUCCUCCUCGGAAGGGGCUGGGGUGCCGCGGCGGCUCCACCUCAACCUCAAAGAGCCCCACAGCGCCACCGAGGGUAACGUCCUGCUCAGAAAGAGGAACAACUCAUCCUCCUCCAAGCUGGGCAGCCUGGACCUACUGAACAACCUGGGUUCCUCUGAGCUGGAUGAGGAUGACCUGAUGUUGGACCUGGAGCUCUCUGAUGACCAACGCCAGCGUCACGUAUUCCGAGAGGACUCCAGUCAGUCCCUGUCCUCCUGCCUGAGCCUGCUGCACUCCCGCUUUGAGCCCUCUGGAGACGGGAUUCCUGGCAGGGAGCCCUUUGGAGACGGGAUUCCUGGCAGGGAGCCCUCUGAUAACAGGAUCCUUGGCAGGGAGCCCUCUGGAGACGGGAUCCUUGGCAGGGAGCCCUCUGGAAACAGGAUCCUCGGCAGGGAGCCCUCUGGAGACGGGAUUCCUGGCAGGGAGCCCUCUGGAAACAGGAUACUCGACAGGGAGCCCUCUGGAAACAGGACCCUCGGCAGGGAGCCCUCUGGAGACGGGAUCCCUAGCAGGGAGCCCAGAGGCGCCACCGCCCACAGGGAGCCGAACCGGCCCACUACCCUGCUGCCUGCUGACUGGUGCCUGGGCCGGGAGGACGAGGCCCCGGGGCUAGAGGCACUGCCCCUUAGGCUGAUGCAGCAAGACUGCACCUCCGUCAAGACCCUGUUGCUGCGCCUCCGGAGGACCCUGCAGGAGAGCACUGACACAAGCCCUGCAAGCAUCCUUCAUUCUCUCCCCAUCAGCCCUUGUAGUGAGAAGUCACUGCCCCUCAAGGAGCCGGGGAGGGAAGAGGCUCUGGUGCUGCAGCUGAGGGAGAAGGACGAGCUGAUCCUCCAACUGCAGGCUGAACUGGAGAGUGCCAAAGCUGCCCUGAAAUCCAUCUGCCAAAAAGCUGACAGAACCACGCAGACAGACCGCCCUGGAUCAGAGACCAUCCAUCCCAGCCGGGCAACAAGCCAAAACAGUACCAGCACAAGAGACAGAAGGCCGGCACGGUCUCUCAUCGAGGACCAAUACAGCCGUACGACGGCAGAACACUCCACUUCCAGCGAUGAGAGCCACUGCCCAGCCCUGUCGUCCAGUGGCCCCGGGGGAGGCAGGGACCAUGCAGGACCCCCGAGGAGACCAGAAGGGGCUCUGACCUCAUCAGAGGUAGGGGCUCUCAGGAGAAUCGACUACCCAGCCAGCCAGAUCCCCCGGGCGGUGGGGGUGGGGACUGCGGUAUGGGGCAGCAGCUCCAGCCUCCAGAGCCGAGGCAGUCCCUGCCGCAGCAGCCUCUCCUCAGACAGCGAGAGAGCCCCGGUACCUAUCCCUUGCCAGCCUUCUCUCUCCACCUCAUCUUCCUCUUCCUCCUUCACGGGCCGCCUGGGUCAGCCUCCCAGAGGCCCCCUUUCCCUGCACAUGUACAGCCGCAAGAACGUCUUCCUGCAGCACUCACUUUACACUGCCGAACUGCAGGCCCUGGCCCAACACGACGGCUAAGGCACUGGGGUCGUGCGCACACACACACGCGCACGCACACAACCACUCAGACUUACACACACACAUACACACACCUUUCACUUUCCCCAUAUCCCCUAAAACAUAUAAUAUAAUGGACACAUCACCAUCUGAAUCAUGGAAGUGAAAGUCAUCUCCGGAAUUCACCUAACAACCAGUGUCCUCAACCAUCAACUUCCAAUCAACUUGACUUUAGCUCAAAUCCUACCCAUUUCUUACAUUUCAUUCAUCUCAACCCUAGCUGUCAGUCUUUCCCAUCCCUGAGCAGAGUAUGCUGUAACAGACACUAUCCUGUACCCACCAUCUAGAUCACAGUUACACGAUCAUCCAAGCAUACCUCUAGACUCACAGAACCUCGGAAGGUACAUGUCUGUGUGGUACUGUGCAUUUGACCACUUUGACAUAUUAAAAGGUUGAUAGAUGUGCUCACUUGAACACACACACCAGUCUGCCCGCCAGCCAGUCUGCCAGUCAGUCAGCCAGCCAGUCUGCCAGUCAGUCAGCCAGUGUUCACAUGGCACUCGUCAGUCUAAACACCUUAGAUCAGCACUAAAUGAUGAGCGUUGGCUGACAGCUGCUUAUGCCCACACACACACACUGCUAUUACACCCUAACAUGGAGACACUCCACUCCCCUCUCAGCUCUAACACUACAGGGAAUGAACUCAUGUGAACGUUACACUUUUGUCAGCAUAGCUGAACAUGGCCAAUCCAUGCUGCUCAUUGCACUGACAAUGUGACUGACAUCCUUCUCAUAUUUGCCAAAUCCUGUCAAAGAUCCCAACUCUGAUUUCUGACACAGACAGUCAGUCCAAUUUAAGGGAGUUUCAUUCAUUAACCUUUUAAUAAUUGCAUGCUUUUUAAGAUUAUAUACACAUUUAAAU